GCUGUAUAAAGCUGAUCUCAGGUCGGAGUCAGAGUCAGACGGGUUGAUCUGAGGUCUGCAGCAGCUGUCAGGAUGAAGCGCAGUCUGUCGUCUCUGGAGUUCCUCCUCGCCAUCGUGGUGUCUCUUCUACUCGUCUGCUGUGUUGGACUGAUCGUCCUGUCGUGGAUCAGCCUGAAGACUGAAGGUGGCGUUGAGCCGGCGGUGCUGAGCGGUCAGAUGGUGAUCACAGACGGUGCAGUUUUCUCUGACGAGCUGAAAAACUCCAGCAGCCUGAAGUUUAAAUCUCUGGCCUUCGACAUCCAACAGCUGGUGAGACCUCAAGCUUUUAUUCUGAAAGGAACAGGGCUGUUAAAGGGCUGA